GAAUUUCGCCUUAUUCGGCCCUGUCUAAACUCACAAAAGCGAUACAAUUCGGGAACCUCAAGUGUCAUUUUCUUCCUUUCAUCGAAAUCCGGAAAGGAAAUUCCUCCCAAGUUCUACCGACUGCCAGUGGUCCAUUUCCGUCCCUUUUGUGAGUCUGACGACAGUAGGUGAAUGCUUAACUGGUCAUAGACUCAUAGCCUUUAUAGGUUGAUCAAAAACCACAAAACGGAAUGGAAAUACUGCAGCAAUGGUGCAAGAUGAGAUUCUCCUUCAGAAACGCGACCCUAAUCGUGUGCUUCUUCAAUCUGGUCAUCGUUCUUCUCUUGCUUCAGGGCUUCCUCUCUGCUUCUUCCACAGGCAAAUUGGCCGCCAAUCAACCCAAUUCAGUUCAACUCAAAUACGUCAAAGAGUCUGAAGAGCUACGUCGAGCCAUGGAACCUUUCGAACUCAUAAGAAGAGUGAGGGAAAUUCAGCAGGAAGUGUACGUAAAACCAGAGGCAGUUGAACAGAAAGAGACAAAGCAGGCUACUGCAGUUGACCUGAUAUCGAGGUUGAAUAAUUUUCGUUCUUCUACAGAUAGUGGCAGCAUGAAAGCUCUAGAAGAAUGGCGUAAAAGAAAGAUGGAACGAGCAAGACAGCGCGAACUUGGGAAAAACGGAACAGCUACCUCACAAACAUGAAAUUCUCCGUUGCUUAGAUUCUAACCUCUUGCGUCGAACAGAGUUAUUGCUCAAGAGCAGAUACGUGUACAUGUUUCAGCUUUAGUCAGUAGGGAGCCAAGAAAUUCUGUUGUAAUAUACCAAAGGAGAAAUGCAGAUGCAUUGUACUGUUUGACAAUGGAGGCUACAUAAUUCUUUCAGUUUACUAUGUUUCUUAACUCA